AUGUUUCCGUUUUUUUUUUUCUCUCUCUCUCCCACAGAAGUAAGCGUGCGGUACUAUCGCGGACUGCCCCACGUCACCGUGCCACUGCCCUCGCGGAACGAGCGCUGCCAGUUUACGCUGCGACCGGUAACGCACUGUGUAGGCGACUUUCUCGACAUGCUAAAGGUGGAGGACCGUGGCAUCGACCGGGCGGCCAUUCUCAAUCGCGAAGGCGUCCGGAUAGCGGCCGCCUGCUCCAUCGAGAACCUGAUGGACGACGAGUUUUGGUUGCAUCUGAACGACCGACAAUACUACGUUAAGCCACCGAAGCGUGAAAAAAUUACCUCAGAAGAAAUCACUAGACUAGGCGACGUACAGGCACUCGUGGCACAGCUGUACGAGGCGCUGCACGUGGGCGAACAUCAGGUGCAGAAGGAGCGCGAACUGAACGGCAAGCUGGAACAAUUGAACGAGAAGCUUGGCCCAUUGGAAGCGAAAAAGAAUGAACUCGACCAGAAAGCGGCCCGCAAAACGAAUGCCCUGACCUGGGUCGGGCUGGGCCUUAUGUCGGUACAGUUCGGUGUGCUCGCCCGGCUAACCUGGUGGGAAUACUCCUGGGACAUUAUGGAGCCGGUGACGUACUUCGUCACGUACGGUACGGCAAUGGCCGCGUACGCUUACUUCGUGCUAACGAAGCAGGAAUAUCUGCUGCCAGACGUGAAAGACCGCCAACAUCUGAUCACGCUGCACAAGGCGGCCAAGAAGGCGGGCGUCAAUCUGGCCGAGUACAACGACAUCAAGCGGCAGAUCGCGGAGAUCGAGCACGAUCUGCGCCGGCUGCGCGACCCACUGUACAUGCAUCUGCCGGCGCCGCCGCCAAAGACGAAAACGUUCAGCGCAAGCGAGAUUGCGUUCGCGAAAAAGCAACAGCACAAGGCCAACCUCGAGCUGCAGCAGGCCACAGUGGCUGUCGGUGGCGAUUCGGUGCUCAAAACUAAACACUAACUCCCCUCCGGUACGCACGACGUAAGGGGAUUGUAUAGUGUUCAGCACUUCAGGGGAGAAAAAGGAGCAAGUCUUUAGCUAGUUGCGCUGUAAUGGUGAGUUUAUCGAACAUAUUCUUACGCGAAAGCGGAGAGCAGCAAGAGGUGUGCCCACAAAAGUGUAAAGAAACAAUGAAGACAAGAAAUGGUUGUAAAAAAAAACACAGGGCCGAACGCGCUGCAAUCCAGCGUGUGCAAUCCAGCUACAAUCAAUUUAAAGCAGAAAAUCAACCAAGCUACUACUACAUCGACAAUGGAGAUAGGUUGGAGCACAUUUAAGAAGCGCACAAAUGUAGGGGAAACGAUUGAAAAACGGCUGCAGCAAGGUGGGGAAAGGUGUAAAAGUGCUUACGGAAAAACGACAAAUCUUGCUGCAGUUCAGAGUGCCUAAAAGGCCCUUGUUCUUCUUUACACAAUGCCUCACAAUCAACAAACACACACACACUACCCUUGCUGGGGGAGGAGGCCAGUACUUAUAUCCGCACACAGGCAGACACACCCUCCGCAACCUUUACACCACGUUAGGAAAGUAACAUCCCAGCUACCCCGCAUUAUCCCGAAAAGGGUUGAAAUUGUGUUUUUAAAAUGUUUCUUAUUGUAAUCGUAUUAAUGUUUAUCUCUUAACUACUUUUGUGUUACCCUUUGUUUUUGCAAUGUUUUUUUUUGUCUCAAUGUUAAAUUAUACUUCCAAUUUGUUAAGCAUACCUCUCAUACCAGAAAAGCCCCAACAUGCAAUAGCACAACGAUUGUGUGCAUCUCGUAAAGCUCACGUGAAGGUGUUAGAUUGUUAUUUUAUAUUACAACAAUGAAACGGCAAAAGAAUGGAAUAGGCGUGUGUGUUUCGGUUUUAUAUUUUCGUGUGUGCUUCUUCAGUUUAAGGAAUCUCAAUACACCUGCAGCACAAUGUCCCUUGUGUUUUGUGUUGCGUAUUUUUGUUUUAAGCUAAACCCAUUUAUGUAACGCACACCGACGCGAGCCAACGUUUGACGAAAGAUCUGAGGGAUUACUUAAAAGUUAGGCACAACAACAAGCAGACAGGAGCAGACGUUCAAUGUGUGUGUGUGUUUUAUGAAGAAAAAAUGUUCAACCGCUUAAUGUGUAUCUUUUGCAUAGUUUUAUUAUAAUAUGGGGUUGAAAUAAAUUGACGUUUAAAUUUA